CGAUACUCCACUAUCUCCUUCUCCUCUUCAAAUCUUCCUCCCGUCCCCGAAAAGUCUCGAGCUUUCCUUACACGCGUCGCCGUCGUCCUCUCGUUCGGCGAGCUUCUCACUUCACGGAUCGCUCUCCAGCAGCAGCGGCAGCUUUGUGAGAUAUAACAGUGAACCUCAGUCAGGAAACCUCCGAUGCAAACACGCCAAUCCUCGUGCUUCUUCUGAUCCCGACGCUCGCACUAGUCGCACACCCCAAGAGCGACCAUUGAACUUGAAGGGAUCAGCCCAUUCACCGCGUUUCCCUCCCAAUCACGAACUCAAUCCGUACUUUUUACGCGAUUAUCAGCUUGAAGAUGAGCUGGGCUCGGGAGGAUAUGGCUUUGUGAUGACCGCUCUUCGACAUGACGGGCUCGAGACUGCAGUCAAGUUCAUCCUCAAGGAGAAGAUUCCGGACCAUGCAUGGAUGAAUGAUGAGAACGUUCCUCAAACAGGUUUUCCGUGUUUUGCCGCUAGAAGUGAUGCUUCUGAGAGCGAUUGAUCAUGAUAAUAUCGUCAAAUGCGUCGAAGUCUUUGAGGAUCCGGUUUAUUAUUAUCUAGUCCAAGAACUGCACGGCUCACCUUGGCAUAAAGCUGUCCGUAACGGUCCGACGUCUCUGGUCAAAUCCAGUGUUUGUGUUUUGUCGUCUUCCGUCUCUGUAGACUGCAUGGCCAAGCCUCAAGGUUUUUCUGCUGACGGCCGCCAACUACAUCAAAGCGCCGAGGAUGUUCAUCUCAAGCGGAAGACACCGGCUUCGCGUCCCGCGCUUUCUGUUCCCCGCAAGCCAGAAUAUUCUCGACGUCCCUCUUAUGAUCUUUUCGAAUGCAUUGAGCAGUCUGAGCACAAACGAUUGCCUGAGUGCCAGGCUCGGUUCGUGUUGGCUCAGGUGGUCGAAGCUGCAUACUAUCUGGAUAUCCAUGGGGUCACCCACCGAGAUAUCAAAGACGAAAACCUAGUCAUUGACCGGAACCUCAAGGUCAAACUUAUUGACUUUGGAAGUGCCGUGGUCGAAGACCCGGAGACUCGCCCGUAUCACACUCUAUUUUUUGGGACCACGGCGUACGCUUCCUCCGAGAUCUUGCUCAAGAAGCCAUACCAGGCUCCACCAGCGGAAGUCUGGACUGUCGGGGUCCUCCUGAGCUUUCUUCUCACGGGAUCAUCGCCCUUUCCGACUGUCAAGGACGCCAUCGACGGUCGGAUUGUCCUUUCAGACUGCCCGAAGGACGUGUCGGCUGGGGCCUUGGACCUGAUGCGUCUUUGCUUGGACCCCAACCCCAAAACCAGAGCUACCAUCGGAGAGGUCAGGAUCCAUCCUUGGCUAAACUCGCACUAGGCUCGACCUGACAGACCAUUAUCAUUAUCCCAUACUUUUAUCAGCAGUUAGAUACCCACAUGCAUCUGUGUAACCCUCCGCAUCGUUUUGUAAUAGCAUCAGUCUCACAUUGAA